ACCGGCAGGCGGCAGUAACGUGCGAAAUAUGCACGAGGUUGAACGGUGGCUUCAUGAAGAAAAGGACAGUUCUCAUGGAGUAAACAGUCAAAUAUUCUUGUUUUUAAUGUGUUUGAAUAAAUAAUUUAGAUUUCAUAUUUGACUACUGAAAAAGCAAAACACACAAAGAUGGGCGAGGUGGAGUUGUCCUGUCUGGCUUAUGCCAAAAUGUACCUACAUGCAAGUCAGUUUCCUCGCUGCAGUGUGAACGGCCUACUGUUGUCUUCCAGUCCAGCAGGGGGGGCUGUAUGUAUCACAGACUGUGUGCCACUGCUCCACACGCACUUGUCCCUGGCUCCAAUCACACAGCUUGCUCUUACACAGGUCGAUGUUUGGUGUUUGCAAACACAGCAAAGGAUUGUGGGAUAUUAUCAAGCCAAUGCUUGUGUCUCAGACAGCAGCCCUACACCAUGUGCAUUGAAGAUUGCAGAGAAGAUCUUCGAGCAGUGUAACAAUGCCGUGUUGCUUAUGAUUGAUGGAGAAAAGAUGUUUCCAGGCGGCCGUGUUCCUCCGAUCGUGGUGUAUGAGCGUAAAGAUGGCCGCUGGGCUCUCAAAGACAAACACACAAUAAUGCUUCGGCAGUGGGAAGAAACCUGUUCCAUAGUUAAUCAGCUGCUCAGCUCUGGUGAUCAGGGACUAUUGGUGGACUUUGACAGCCAUUUGGAUGACAUCACAAAAGAUUGGACCAAUCAGAAACUCAAUGCCAAGAUCCUGGAGCUGGUCUCCCCAGCCAAUGGAAAUGUUUAACCAUAUAGACUUAAGUCUCCACACAUCAUAGUUUUUUCCCCUCUAUGUGUUGCCUCAAAAUUGUGUUUUUAAGAUUAUUUGACUCAGUUCAUCGUAUUUCAUUUUGAAAUAUAUGUUAUAUACAUGAUGUCCUCAAUAUAUGCAAAAAUAACCAUCUUCUUUAGUUUGGUAUGAUUUGGUGGUUUGACCCUAAAAAUUAACACAAACAUUGAGGGGGAAUCGUAAUACAAGCAGCAUAUUUUUUCUUACUUUGAUCGUCUGUCAUUAAUUGGUUAGUUUUUAAGAUCUGUAUAUACAUCUAUCUAAACAUUAAAUUAAUCUGUAAUGAAACUACGUAUGGUCCCUCAGGUGCUUUCACAACAUGAGGUUCUCAAUUUUACAGACUUAAUACAAAAAAAGAGAAAAGUUUCAAGAGAUUUUAUUGUUGUCAUGUAGUAUUCAGCUUUAACUAUAUGAAGGAAGUUGUGAGCUAAUCCAGUCUCUGAUAAUUUAGAUGAUUCCUUUCAGCAGACUGAAAGCAAAUUAGCUCAGAAUUGUGUGAGUGUAUGAUUCCGGGUGUGUCCUACAAAAUGUGAAUCUUCAGGCCUGUCUGGAGCUUCUAUUUGCUGUUUUAAUGCCUUUUUUCCAAUGCAGCACUGAUGACGUUUGCAUUUCCUAACCUGUAUGACUGACUUUCAUCUGUGGAACAUAAAAGAAAAUAUUUAGAAAAAUUA